AUGCAUCACGCAACUAAAAGAUGUCAACAAUACAACACAACAUACAAUGGAAACUGUUACACCACAUUGGGUAUUGGAAAGAGCUGCUUGUUGAAUUACGUCUAUGUCAUUCGUGAACAUUUAACACAAUGUGUGCUGAGUGUUAAGGUGGUGCAGAAAGAAAGUGCAGUGUUUGCAAAGCAGGGAAUUACCCAAAGAUAUAUGAUUAUUUUAUGUGUCAAAUCUGUGACACAACAUGUGAUGGGAAGUGAAACACAACAAAAGGAUUGGGUACCAAACCGGUUCUGUGUCAGACAGUAA